UUUAGCACUGCAAGAAGGUCGCGAUUCAUUUGCGGCUGAGCAAGACACACAGGAGGAGAGCAGAUUGAGAUAUUGGCGGGCAACAGAGGCCCCUUCGACCCUACGUAAUCUCGUCAAGACACUGCAGACUUACGCACUACGUUCUCAUCGUCUCCAUAAGCAAGCAUCUGACGAGGCGAUAGGUAUACAAGCAGCCGUAGUGAUAGCUGCUUCCCGCUUUAUUGAGAAGUCCCCCCUGGCCUCGCGGGAGUCGCGGAAACUUGCCCGCAUGAUCCUGAUCUCCUCCGUAAGACCAAGUCUUGCUGUCAUCAGACAUGUCCUGCGAGAUCACCUUCGCUCCCUUUUCGCUUCCUCGUCUCCUGGAGCCGUCAAUGAAGAAGGCAGGCUGCGUCACGAGCGCGCCCACCUUUCGAACUCGGCAAAGAUGUCCGCCUACCUAGAGGGAGAGAAGUGGAAGGGAAAGCAGCGGACAGACAUUCCUGGCCUGGAUAUGGCAAGGAGCGAUGGGGCGGGGAGUCAUCUGACUCUGAAGGUGUGCUUAAACAUGAUCGCCACCCUUUCGAGCAGCAGGAAGCAAAAAAGGCCCAAUGAAGAGCCUUGGGAGGCGCUGUGGCCGCUGAUCGUCCCGCCCCUCGUCACGCUCAUCGAGGAUUCAGAUCCGGUGUGGAGAGAAAGAGGAACAAGACUGCUCGUCGAACAAGUCCUUACGCGACGCACCCCAGGCAGUGUCGGUCACAAAAAUCUCUCAGCGUCCGAGCUCCAAGCUGUGCCCGUCCAGCUACUGCAGCGCUCCAACCUGGUGCCCCUGCUACAGACGACUCUCUUCAACUCUCUCACGUACCUGUCUCACCCGGUUGGUGCCAGCCUACUGCAUUACGCUCUAUCUGCUCUGAUCCUCCUUGCCAGGAGCCUAUCAGAGCGUAGUCGCGAGCGGGCGGAGAUGCUGAUGAGGAUCCUGCAAGAGGGAGUGCUUCGCACUUGGACUUUCAUGCCGAAAAGUACGAUGCCCACAUCACUCGAUCAGGAUGAGGAAGAGGGUGGAGAGGGAGAAGAGCCAGCAACAGAGAUAGACGUCCUCACGACGACUUUCACGCACCUCACCUCCCUCUGCAUCGAGCUCGAAAUCCUCUCUGCCCGAUUCCUGGACGUGGCUCUGGACUUUCUCUCGGCUCAGAUUUCCGGGCUGUACGAGAGUCUAGUAAGCAGUACCUCUACCUCUGCAUCUGUGGGAGCGAACGCAAAGACCUUUGCGGGACUGGUGGAUGUGGAGCAGGAGAGGAAGACGACGAGGGCGAAGCUCUUGCGGGGGAGAGAGGCGGUGCGGGCCUCCCGGGUGCUCGUAGAGCAGGCAUGUACAGAGGCCAUCGUCGAGCCUACUGCCGUGACUGAAGAGGAGCACAAGUCCACCCCGCAUCCAGACCAAGCUACCAGCAAGGAUGAUCCCUUCUUCCCCACCAUUCCCCCUGGACUAGCCCAAUGGACCUCCAAGUGUCUCUCUGCAUACGUCAAAGCCUGGCUCGCUCUAAGCGAUGCGCCCCUCCUGCAGAGCGAAGGCGCACGGACGAGCCCUCUGGAGCGGGAAAAGGAUCAGCUGGCCGAAGAGUUGAAGAGUGCGAUUCAAGAGAAGGUCGUGGCUGCAGAGCCGAGCUUGCAGGAUCUCUUUGCAGCUCUCUAGCCAGACGUAACAUCUUCGUCACAACUAGCAAGCUCAUUGUCAUCCUGACUUUCAUGAGAGCCCUUAGAAGCACUUCACUCCCCGUACCAACUUUUCCAGAUGCACGCACUGCAACGCAAUAUCAUACCCGCUC